UUUCAUGUCAAUAUCUAUGCUAAUGCUUGUCAUUUCCCAAAUACCUCAUUUCCUUCACAAAAUUCUAUACAAUCCAUUAAUAAAGCAUUUUAGAGGUGGUAUUAUGUGGUAAUGAAAAUUUGUUAAAAAAACAAAAAAAAGACUAAAAGCACAUUUUUCUGGCAGAAUUUCUUUGGAAAAUCAUAUACAAACUCAUUAUCAUUCUCACAAUUUAUGACCACUCACCAAACAUGUUGUGAGAGUAAAUGAUAGAUUGAGGCUAUUUAAGUGCUCUAAAACAAAGAGUUAAGGCACCCAAGAAGACAAAAACGGGCCCUCCUCCUAGAACUUAAGUACCUCAUUGUGCCUUACACUCUUUGGUUGGGUUCCACUGAUUAAACCCUUAGAAUGAGAAUUAAUAUACUAUCAUUUAUUUCAAAAUAGGAUUGCUUGAUAAAAUUACAAAUCGAUUUUCUUAAAAAAGUUUGGUUUAUGUUUAAUGUUCGAUAUAUGAUGAUAUACUUGGCAAUCAACUAAAAUACUAGCCCCCCAAAAUCUCGUUAUAAUUGUAUUUAAUAUUAAAUGUGACUAAUGUACCAAAACAAAAAACGUAUUAAGUGACAUCUUGUUCUAGUUCCAAUAAAAAGUACGAAGUAUGUAUUUUCGUUAUUUAAAAAAAAAAGAAAAAUCGAAGUAUGUUUUACCAUACCCAUAGUACCUUACUAAAAUACGUAAUUAUACAUAAUAAUGGUAAAAACAUCCCUAAAAAAUAUUUAGAUCUAGCAACUUUACUAGUAUUUUUUUUCUAGGGAACAUUAUAAGUAUUUUAGGACAAAAUGAGAUACUUUGUAUACAGAGUAGUAAUAUUCACACCUUGUUACCACUAGGAAUUAAACAAGAAAAAAUAAAAGUACACAUGUUUUCCUCCAUUUUAAUAAGUUCUUGAUAAUAAGAGGUUAAUUAAAGAUUGUUUUAGAGCCUUAAAAGGAAAAAGAAUUCCUAAUCCUUUUAAGUUAAUGCUAUUAUCGUGUGUAUUGGUGUGUCAUGUUCGCAUGUUACUCAUAUCUGUUAAUUUUAUAAAUUAAAUGCCCAAAUUAUUGGGAGUUUUAUGCCGGAAAGUCCCUGCAAUUUUCCGGCGCUUGCAUCUUGAUUCCUACUAUAAGACUGACAUUUCUGAGCUUAUCUUCUUAAACAAUCGUGCUAUUGACAAUCACAUCAGAUCAGGGUCUUUAGCCUCUGCUCACCAACUGUUCGAUGAAAUGUCUCUGAGAGAUGUUGUUUCUUGGAACUUGCUAAUUUCUGGGUACAAACGCUAUGGAAUGCCAGUAAAAGCGUUUGAAUUGUAUUCUGAAAUGGUAUUUCAGGGUUUUAGUGAAAGCCCAUCAACAUGUUCCUCUGUCAUGAGCAUUUGUAGCAAUAAUGGGUUUUAUUUUGAGGGAAUUCAAGUACAUUGUAGAGUGAUUUCACUUGGGUUUUGUGGGAAUUUGUAUAUUGGGGGUUCAAUUGUGGACCUAUAUAUGCAAUCAGGGUUUGUUGAUGAUGGGUUGAAAUUUUUGGAUGAGAUGCCUGAAAGGAAUGAUGGUGUUUGGAAUUCGGUUUUUCGUGGAUUUUGUAAAUUGGGUUUGUGGGAUGAGGUUAUAAGGCAGUAUUCAAGAGUGAAAUUUGAUGGGGUUGUGUUGAAAGAUCUUAUGGUUUGUUAUUUGCUUCAGGGCUGUUGUAAUGGAAACUUUGUAAUUCAAGGAGAACAGUUGCACUGUCAUGCUCUCAAGGCUGGGCUGGUUGAAUCGAAUCGGUUUGUUGCUAAUGCAUUGGUGGAUUUUUACUCAGCUUGUGGGACUCUGAUUGAUGCUCUGAAAUCAUUUGAAGUUAUUCCUUAUAAUGCUGUGAUUUCGUGGAAUUCAAUUGUUUCUGCAUAUGCUAAUAGUGGGGUGUUGUUUGAUGCACUUGAAUGUUUUGUGCGGAUGCAGUACUGGAGUAUGAAACCAUCUGUUCGUUCACUUGUUGCGCUCUUGAAUUCGUGCAGCAAAAGUAGGAAUCUCGUUGUGGGAAGACAGUUGCAUUGUUUUGCUCUAAAGUUAGGUUUUGAUUGUGGAAGCAUCCAUGUUCAGUCUGCUCUUAUUGAUAUGUAUGGAAAAUGUUACGAGAUUGAGAGUUCAUUUAAUAUAUAUGAGGAAUGCUUUUAUAAAACUAGGGAGUGCUGCAAUGCUCUUUUGACAUCUAUGUUACAUUGUACUUGUGCUGAAGAGGUGGUCGAGUUGUUUAAAUUCAUGGUUGAUGAGGGGAUUGAAUUUGAUGAAUUCUCCUUGUCCACUGCACUGAAAGCAUUGUCAGGAUCUUCUUUUGUGAGCUUAACAAGCUGCACAUUGCUUCAUUCUCUUGCUAUAAAAAAUGGAUUAGAAUCUCAUAUUGUGGUUUCAUGUUCACUAAUUGAUGUAUAUUCCAAAUUAGGCCAGGUUGAUCAUUCACACAGCAUAUUUGAGGGUUUACGUUCACCCAAUGUUGUCUCCUUUACAUCAAUUAUAAAUGGGUAUGCCCGGAAUGGAUUAGGAAGAGAAUGCCUAAAAUUGCUCAAAAUGAUGUUCCGAAAGGGUUUGGAACCAGAUAGGGUGACAUUCUUGUGUGUUUUGACAGGGUGUAAUCAUUCAGGUUUAGUAGAGGAAGGAAGACGGGUUUUUGAGUCCAUGAAAUCACCCCAUGGUAUUGAACCAGAUCAAAGGCAUUAUUCAUGCAUGGUUGAUCUCUUAGGACGUGCGGGGUUGGUAUAUGAAGCGGAAGAAUUGUUGAAGUUGUCUUUUGUAAAGGAUGAUUCUUUCAUGUGGAGUUCACUGCUGAGAAGUUGCAGGAUGCACAAGAAUAAAGUUGUUGGACAAAGGGUUGCAAAACGUUUGAUGGAGCUUGAACCCGAAAAUUCUGCAGCGUGUCUGCAAGUUUCAAACUUUUAUCAUGAAGUUGGAGAUUCUGAAUUGUCCAUGCAAUACAGAGAGAUUGGAAUGGCAAGACAUUUGGUUAGGGAGAUUGGUCACAGCUUUAUCGUUUGAAUUGUGAAUAUGAGGUACAUGACAAAAUUGCUAUGCUUGGAGAACUCGAAAGCUUCGACAUAUAUGAAGAAGAUGAGAUAGAAGCUUUUGAAAUGCCUUCAUGGACCAGUACGAAUGCUGGAC